AUGGCCAGUCUUCGCGUUCCCUCUUUACGAAAUACGGUUUCUGGCGCCGCGCCGUAUUUGCGGACGUAUCAGCGUAGAUGGGCGCAGGUACACGACGUUCGAUACCUUGCCACGCAGCAAUCAAAUAGAGUGCUAGAAAAGUACAAGGAGAAGUUAGACAAGAAGGCAAAAGCUGAAGGACUUCGCGACGUUAACGAGCUAAAAGAAGCAUACAAAGAAAAGAUCAACCACCUAAAGCAAAAAGCCUCCAUCCCAACCCCCCCCCUCACACCACCACCUUCACCCACCACCUCCUCACCCUUUCCCUCACCACCGCCCGCGCCACAGACCCCAGAGAAGAAGUCGAAUCCCGGAAUCAAAACCCUCUCCUCCUACCUCGACCUCCCCAAAACCCGCGCCCUCCCCCCCAAAGAACUCGAAGCAAUCUGGCGGCUCCGACACGCGCACGACGCACAAUCCCUCUGCGCCGUCAUCCCUCUCGACGUCUACCGCACCAUCGAGAGCACUGCAAAAAAGUAUCCACACUUCAUUCUCCCUCUCCCAAAAGAAGGGCAGGGCGCGGAAAUCCAUUUCAUGCAAUGGACGUUCCCGGCGCCCGACACGGUGACGGUGUUGUUUACGCAUCUCGCUGAGUAUAAGUUGCGCGGCGAGUAUAGUCAGCCGCAUACGACGAUUACGCAUCAUCUGGAGUUGGCGGGGGAGAAGGGGGUGGUGUUACUGCAAGGGCAGGUGGUGGAGGGACGCGGGGUGAGUGUGGAUGAGGCGAAGUGGUUGGUUAUGGCGUUGCAGAAGUUUUAUGGGGUUGGCGGGGAGAAAGGGGAGAGGAGGAGACUGUUGGAGAUGUUUGGGAGGGGGGAUGAGGGGUUUAGGGUUGAGGAGUUGGUGGAGGAGGCGGAGAAGGUUGUGUAA